AUGAGGCUGGGCUGCGUUGAUGGGCAGCAGCUGGGUAGCCGCUUCCUCCGAGCGCUUGCACCGUAGGACGCCUCCAUAGCAGCCUCCUGCGGGGCUGCUUUCAGUCCAGGAUGAAUCCUCUCAACUGUGGGGAUCCCAUCAGUUAUGCAGAAUUCAUGAAGGAACAUGGAAAUCAAGACUUCAAAAAUGGGAAUUAUUCUUUAGCCAUCAAAAAGUACGAUGAAGCAAUACAAGUAAUGAAUUAUGUAUACCAAACAAGAGGAGUUUCUCAUCGCCGAGACAUGGCAGUUUUACUGUGCAAUCGAUCAAAUGCCUUCUACAACUUAAGUAAGUGGGGCGAAGCCUUUCGCUCAGCACAAAACAGCCUCCAUUGGGAUCCAACUUACGUUAAGGGGUACUACAGAGCUGGUUACUCAAUGAUUAAAUUGUCACAAUUUAAUUACAACUUUAGCUGUCUAGAUGCAGCUAGAAUAUUCUGUCAAGGUUUGAACUUUCUCCGUACUUCAUCAGAUGUGGGUCAAAUUUCUGAUUUUAUAGUUGGUGUCUUCUCAAGUUUUAACAAUGAAAGGUCUAUAAACGCACAUUUUAUAUCCAUCUGUAAACAAAUUGUGAACGAUAAUUUCAGUCCAUCAGUUUGGCAACAGGUGAUUGAAAAGCUGGUCAGGAAAGGAUUGUGGCAGUCUUGCCUAUUGUUGGCUUCUGAGAAAGACAGGUUGCCAGAAAGUCUGAGAGUCACCAAUUUAUCAUUGAAGCAUCUAUUUGAGACAUACGUUAUUUUUGGUCAAUAUGAGAGAAUGGAAAGGGUACCGAAACUAGUGGAAUGGCUUAUCUCCAUUGGAGCAAAUGUAGAGAGUAUUGGAGCCUAUCCACUUCAUACUGUCAUCCUGCUUUGUAUCAAAGCAAAAGGAAAUCACCUCUUCAGGUGGCUACUCGAUCAUAAGCCUGAACUGAAGAGUCUUAUCAACCAGCAAAAUAAAGAAGGGUCUACGGUUCUCCAUGUUAUAGCAUCCCAAUCCAGUGGAUAUCCUUUAAAAAGUCAAAUAGAAGAUGUGGUGAUGCUUCUAAACGCUGGGGUGGACCCGAGAAUCCUUGAUGCACAGUCAAGGUCUGCAGUGGAUAUCUUAAAAAAAAACAAGAAGUUCAAGGCUAUGGAUAUAAUCAACAAGCACAUAGGCAGACAUGUGUUAUGUCCCGAGGAGUCACCAGGGCAGACAGAAAGCAAAACUUCUGCAGAUGCUGUUGUCUCGCUUCAGGAUGCUUUUGACCAGUUUGUGCGGUUUUGCUGUUUGGAAAACAGAGCGCGUAGUAUCAAGUCAUUGAAGCAUGAAAAAAUCCAGAGGCUUCUGAGGCUGCUGUCUGCAGCAGAAGAAAUUCCUGAAGAAAUAGUCUGUGACGUUCCUCCUUCCUUUGCAAGCAACUUCAUAAUGCUGUUGCUGAAGAACCAUCGGUGGCAUGAAGUUCUGUUGCUGCUGACCCGAACGGCCACAGGGGCGAUGACAUCGGGAAACAGCCUUCUUAAAAAAUGCAAUUUCUCAGACCUUGACAUUGGCUCUGUCUUGAAAAACCUAGACAAGUUGUAUAGACGACGAGUGCAGCUCGUAAAAUGCUUGAUAGAAAGAGGAGCAUCACCCGAGGGGACUGGAACUAGCCCUGAGAAUCCACUUCAGAAAUGCUUAAAAAACAACGACUUUGAGUUGGCAUAUUUGCUGCUGAAGUCUGGUGCGGAUCCUCGUCGUCUAUCCAUUGUGGAAGGUGAUACUCCUUUACAUGCUGCACUGUCAAUUUGUUCUGAUAAAAAAGAUGAUAAUGGCUUCCAUAUCCUGAAAUACCUUCUAGAUUUGUAUGUUUUGGAUCCAUCCACAUUUCCACAUCUUAAUCCCAAUAAUCAAGACAAGAAUGGAAAUACAGUAAUGCACAUGAUUUUUCAGAAAACCCCCACCAAGGAGGUUAAGAAAAUGUUAGGCUUGCUAGCAAAGUUUGACAUUAACUUUAAUUUAAAAAAUAAAGCUGGCAGAGAUGUGCGUCACAAAAAGAAGAAGAAUGACCCAAUGCUUAUAGCUUGGAAUGAAGCUCUGGCUGAGAACAAGAAGAAAUCCCGACAUGAUGCAGCUGGACAGCCAAUUAAAAUAGUCAAGUCCACUUCAGGUUGUAACAAAUCACAACUGAAAACUUCAAGCCAUUCAACUGCAUGUUCAUCCAAAAUGGCACCUGGAAAACUGGGCAAGGAGCCCAAAGUAGGCACUGUUUCCCAUAAGCAGGAAGAAGCAGAAGGAAAAGAUUCCGCUUUUAGGGAUAUUAAUAAGCCGUUGACUGUACGAGACUGUCUUGUGCAAGAUAUCGCACAGUUAAUCCAGAAACUCAUAUGGGGUGAAGUCUCAGCAAAAAUUAAUUCAGUAGCAUCCGAGGAAACGAAACCAUUUCCUACAGUAGCUAAGGCUCAAAGUGAAGAGAGUGAAUGUCAACAGACUUGUGGCCGUGAGGGAUUGGCUUAUAACGGUAGCGGGGAUGCUUGCCCAAACAAAGACAAUUCAAGGAAGAAGGCCCAUGAUGAGCACAAUGAGGACAAAGGAGAAGAGGGAGAAGCCGCUGAAGAUGAUGUGCUAUUUCAGGACUUUGAGCCAUGCAAUCAGGACUUUGAUAAUAUGACAUGGGAAAUUGAGUGCACAUCUGAAAUGCUGAAGAAGUUGGGAAACAAAAGCAUCCCUCGUUAUAUGAAGAGCAAGGUAAUAUACAUAAUUCAACAGCUGGGGAAUGGAGAGUGGACCCAGGGUCUACAGAAGCGGCUGAAACAUUUGAAAGGUGACAUUCAGCUCUUUGAAGCAAAAUUGGACAAAGGCGCAAGGAUGCUGUGGGAGCUUGCGAUAGACUUUUCUCCUCGUUGCAGUGAGACUGCAGAAAAGAUCAUAGAGAACGAGCAUUCUACUCAUCCAACGGAAAAAACUGGGAGAGUUUACACAGAAAUCAUUCGGAUAUGGGACAUUGUACUGGAUCACGACAAACUCAACCACACCAUUGACACAAUAUGUAUUGCAUACAAUCGUGGACUUUCUUGCAUCUUGAGGAAAAAACUCAAAGGUAUGAAUGCAGGCCUGACCUCUUCUAACCUGAAAACACAAAAGCGCAUUCCUCGCAUUUACGUUGAAGAUACCAAGGCUGAAAAAUCAAAAGAUGAUGUCCUGCCUGAAUACUUUCCCCCAGCUAGUGCAGUAGAAACUGAAUACAAUAUAAUGAAAUUUCACAGUUUCAGUACGAACAUGGCCCUUAAUAUCAUAAGUGAUAUGACGUCCGCUGUGGAAUACCCUUUCAGAGUGGGUGAAUUGGAAUAUGCAGUCAUUGACUUGAACCCCAAACCAUUGGAGUCAAUAAUCUUAAUUGGACGGAGUGGAACAGGAAAGACUACUUGCUGCUUGUACCGGCUUUGGAAAAAAUUUCACUGUUAUUGGGAGAGAGCAGAGUUGGCAGGAGGUCCCUUGCUGGUCAGACAAGUAUGGCACCGACUGAAAUUUAAUGUGCAGUUGGGAAACAAGAAUGGUGAGGAGGAGGAAGAUCACGAUGACAAACAAGAUGGCUAUGACCCUGUUGAUUCAGCUGAAUUGGAAUCCUCUUUCAGUACAGAUAAUGAGCAAGAACAAGAUGAGGAUGAACAGUGUUCUUCAAGUUUAGGGGACUCAGAGAUGAAUUCAGUCGGUGACUGUGAUGAGGAUGAGGAACAUACUGCAGAAGAAUCUGACAAGCUGGAACACUUGCAUCAGAUCUUUGUUACUAAAAAUCAUGUUUUGUGCCAGGAAGUCCAGAGGAACUUCAUUGAGCUUAGCAAGUCUUCCAAGGCAACCAGUCACUUCAAGCCACUUGAAGCAAAUGUUUACAAACUUCAAGAUGUUAAAGAUGAGAAUUUUCCUCUUUUCCUCACAUCCAAACAGUUGCUGCUCUUACUUGAUGCCUCCAUGCCUGAGCCAUUUUUUCUUCGGAAUGAAGAUGGAAGUCUUAAGCAUACCAUUGCUGGAUGGUCUACCAAUGAAGAUAGGGUCAUUUCAAAUUGGCAAGAGGAGGAUGAAGAUCUUGAUGUAGAAGUGGAUUAUGAUGAGGAUGAGAAGGCUGCAGAGGUUCAUAAAAAGGACUGUGAUCCUCGAGUCUUUGUUACUUUUGUCGUAUUUGCUAAUGAAAUCUGGCCGAAAAUGGUGAAAGGUAAAUGUACCUACAAUGCAGCAUUGGUUUGGAAAGAAAUAAAAUCUUUUUUGAAAGGGUCUUUUGAGGCACUGAGCAGCCACCAAGGCAUACUUACAGAGGAAGAGUAUAAAAAGCUAGGCCGAAAGAGGUGCCCAAACUUCAAAGAAGAUCGUAGUGAAAUUUACCAACUAUUUUGUCGUUACCAACAAAUAAGAUCACAAGGAAAUUAUUUUGAUGAGGAAGACGUCCUGCACAAGUUGUCUCAACGACUUUUGAAGCUCAGCGACUUACCAUGGUGCAUUCAUGAGCUUUAUGGGGAUGAAAUUCAGGAUUUCACACAGGCCGAGCUAGCAUUGCUAAUGAAAUGUAUCGAUGAUCCCAAUGCAAUGUUCCUGACUGGUGACACUGCACAGAGCAUCAUGAAAGGAGUUGCUUUUCGUUUCAGUGACUUGAGAUCACUUUUCCACUACGCCAGUAAAAACUCCAAUGACAAGAAACAGUGUAUUGUUAGAAAACCAAAAAGGAUAUAUCAGCUUUAUCAGAACUACAGAUCGCACUCAGGAAUUCUCCACUUGGCCUCAGGAGUUGUUGAUUUGCUUCAGUACUAUUUCCCAGAAUCUUUUGAUCGUCUUCCUAGGGAUUCAGGCCUUUUUGAUGGGCCUAAGCCAACUGUGUUGGAAUCAUGCAGUGUUAGCGAUCUGGCAAUCUUGCUGAGAGGCAACAAAAGAAAAACACAGCCAAUAGAAUUUGGAGCACAUCAGGUGAUACUAGUAGCAAAUGAAAUGGCAAAAGAAAAGAUUCCUGAGGAACUUAGUUUGGCUCUUGUGUUAACAAUUUAUGAAGCAAAAGGCUUGGAAUUUGAUGAUGUGCUCCUUUACAACUUUUUCACCGAUUCAGAGGCUUACAAAGAAUGGAAAAUAAUUUCUUCUUUUACACCCCUAUCUUUUUUACCGGAAGAAAACAAAUUGAUCAUUGAAAUACCCUUGGAGAAAGAAGUUGAUCCUCAAGGAAAGCUUCCUGUUCUGAACCAAGAAAUGUACAAGAUGCUUAAUGGAGAGCUAAAGCAAUUAUAUACUGCUAUCACAAGAGCCAGGGUCAAUUUGUGGAUCUUUGAUGAAAACAGCGACAGACGUGCACCUGCAUUUCAGUAUUUCACCAAGCAAGAACUUGUUCAGGUUGUCAAAACAGAUGAGAAUAAAGACUUCGAUGAUAGUAUGUUUGUUAAAACAUCAACUCCAGAAGAAUGGGUCGCACAGGGAGAAUAUUAUGCUAAACACCAGUGUUGGAAGGUGGCUGCAAAAUGCUAUCAAAAGGGAGGAGCAAUUGAAAAGGAAAAACUGGCCUUGACACAUGAUGCCGUGCUUAAGGUUCAAUCAAAGAAGAUCAGCCCCAAAGAGAAGCAAAUGGAAUAUAUGGAUCUGGCUAAAACCUACCUUGAGUGUGAUGAACCAAAUUUGGCUCUCAAAUGCCUAUUUCAUGCCAAAGAGUACCAGCUUUGUGCACAGCUUUGUGAAAAAUUAGGAAAGGUGAAAGAGGCUGCAUAUUUCUAUAAGAGAGGCCAGUGCUACAAGGAUGCAUCCAGGUGUUUUGAACAGAUCCAGGAGUUUGAUCUUGCACUUAAAAUGUGUUGCCAUGAGGAGCGAUAUGAAGAAGCAGCAAAGUCUGUUAAACGAUAUGAGAAAAUACUACCGAAAGACAGACAGCUUUCAUACACAGCCAACCAGUUCUAUUUGGAAGCUGCCGCAAAGUAUUUGCGUGCAAACAGGAUCAGCGAAAUGAUGGAGGUGCUCUCUCACCUCGACAUUGAAGACCAGCUUGUGUUCUUGAAAACGCACAAACACUUUUCUGAAGCAGCUGACCUAUUGAAAAGGGAGGGCAGAAGUGAAGAAGCUGCAAAGCUGAUGAAACAGCACGGCUUUGUGUUGGAAGCAGCAAAGCUCACUAACCAAAUGGACUUCCGGGCAUCAUGUUUGCUUGCUGCCGCCCGCCUUAGUGUGGCAGGCUGUCAUAAGCUGGAGAACUUAAGGGACAUCUUGGAAGAAGCCUUAGAAUUGUGUGAGCAACAAAAGCAAAAGUCUGGUAGUGCAGAGGCAACCUAUUUCAUGGGUAUUCUAGAGAAAGACUUCCAUACGUUGACAAAGGCCUUCCAUAUGUUUUUUCAUGUGAAUCACUAUGCUGGUGCUGUGGAAGCUCUGUUUGAAGCAAUUCAAUGUGAUGAGGAAAGUGAGGUCAUCUUGAAAUUAGCAUCCCAUGGCAUUGAGGUGCUUCUGAAACUGGUCAAAGCUUUCAAAAAAGCAGGCACUAAUGCUGAGAGAGAAAUGGUGAAGUCGUGUUUUGAAUACUUUGGAAUUGUGCCGGUAGAUGGGAAACUUUGCCAGGUUUCCCAGAAUGAGGCUGGAUGCGUUCUAGAGUUUCUGCCUGAAAAUUUUCACCCAAGAGAGAAGAAAACAAGUGAUCCGUUCAUUGUCAGCCUGGAAGAAGUGAAAAUUGCACUGAAUAAGCAUUUAUUGAACAGACUGACUGCCGUUGCUCACCGUUUGCUUGAACUGAACUUCCCCAAUAUCUGUAUGAAGUUCAUUGUAGGCUUGAAAUGUGAGGAUGAAGCCUGUGAAGACUUCCAUAGAGUCUUGGCAUUCCAUGAGAUAAAAUCUGUAUUUCAGUGUAAAAUGCACCUGGCUGCAAUAAAUGGGCUACUGUUAGAAGCCAAGCAAUUGUUCCCAAAAGAAAUGCUUCAUGAGCCCAAUGCUAUUGAUGAAUUGUUGACAGUUGAUAAGUAUGCACUGUGCAAAUCUCUUAUAAAUGUCAUCUUUCCUAAACAUUUUCAUCUGAGAAUGGUGUCCGAAAACUCAGGCGCAUGCAAAUACACCUUGAAUCUUCAUACCUGUGGUUUUAGAAUAUCUAAUCCUAGCAGGACAGUGCUGAGGGAAUACAUCAGAUCUGAGUUUAAAAACGAGACUGCCCAAAACAGAAGAGAAUCUACUGAUUUGUGGCUGAAGACGAUGCAAGUCUUUGCCUUAACGUCUUGUUAUCCUGAAGAGUUGGAGCGGUUCCUUUGCAGAGAAGAAGAUGAAUAUAAUAGAGAACUGAAGAUGGUAGAAGAAAGGGGGAGAGGGAGACUCAAAGGUGUAGAGGGCAGAUAUGGCAUGUUGAUGCCCGACAAAUACGCAGGAAAUGCUGAAAGCACCCACUUGUGUUUCAUUCGACUCAUGCAGGAUUCCAUGGACCAGCUCUACGUUCACAGAAACGUUGAGCAGUGUAAAUGGCUGUUUUACCGUUUCAUGAACGUCUUGGUGAAGAAAUGCAUCGACCCUCUGAUUCCAAGCAUAGGAAACACAGUGACUUUGCUGGAGUUUCAGUUUAUCCUGGGCUGUGCUGUCCUCAUGCGCCUGUGCAAAAACAUGACCCUGUGUCUUCCCAAGAGUUACAUUGCUCUCCUCCACUACUGGGAUUUUUUAUUUACAAGGGGAGACCGACACAGAGAGGUCUGUUUAAUUAUACAAGAGUAUAAGCCAGAAGACACAAAGCGAGCCAUACAGGAAUUUAAGUUUCAUUUGAAGUAUUUAGCUGACGUUCUGUGUAAAUAUGAAAAAUUCAAUGUACUCCUGGAUGCUUUUGGUGACCCUGAUUACAUCAUGUCAGGGGAAGCUGAGCGUACUGUGGUGCUUUGCUUAGUGAUGUUAAUAAAUGCUGAUCAGGUGCUUAAUUGGAAAUAUAAAGUUAUCUUAGCUGAGCAUUUUCCUACCCUCAAGGAAAGCCUUAUGGAAAUGAAAAAGGGGUGCCCUUCCAAAGUGCCUGAAAGGUUGCUUAAGAUCGUGGAUUUGAUGAGCGAGACCUCUGAUGUUAAAGAAGUAGUUGAAGGCCUCAAGGAGCUACUGUUUUGCCGAGAUGAAGAGUUUUUAGCUGACUGUUGUUGGAGGUGGGAUCCUAAAGGAUCAUGGAGUUCAAGGCAUGAGGAUAACAAAGGUAUCAGAGGGAUCUAUUACAGAGUUGCUGACUUGGACAGAUUUGCAUUCCUCAGCCAAGCAGACUAUUUUGAAGAGCCAGAAACGGACCUGGAAAAAAUGAUCUAUGUUGAAGAGAGAGAAGAUCCAUUAGCCAACAUAGCCUCAAUACGGCAGCAGAAGCAACAACAAAAAGCUUCUGCCAAGCGGAAAUUGCGGUGCCUUUUCCUGUUUGUCCGCUGUUGUGUUAGAUGGAAAAGUAUUUCGUGUUCAAAACCAGAGUCUUCGGAAAUGGCGUUGGGAGUCUUUAAAAGAGCAGAUAUUGACCAGACACAGUGUGACCUCUGUGGAGUCAAAUUUCUUCAAAAUCCUGCAAACUUCAGUCCUCGGACAGAACACUCUGAGAAAGAAACCACAGAAAUGGCAACGCCAACAGAGACUGACUGGGAAGAGGGUGAAAUCUUUGUUGCUGGUCAAACUUUUGAAAGUCAUGUCAACCUGGAUGAACAUAAAAAUAAGCAUGCCUCUUACCAGAAAUAUGUUGAGUUUUUCAAAACCAAGGUGGAACCAUUAAUACAUAAGGGGAUGAAUGUGGUGGAAAGGAUUGUAGAGAAUACCAGUAUCAAAGGUCAUUUGGCAUCCAACGAGCAGUCUAAUAUAGAGGAAAGAAAAAUUCAAGAUGCUAUUAAGAAGAUUUCUGACACAGUGGAGGACAUCUACAAGAGAAAAGCAUGGGCAGAUGCUGAAGAAACCUUGUGCAAGUUGGCUAGCAAUUUGAAUUCUUAUUUAGACAAUGCUAUAAACUGGCUGGAGAAAACAGAGUCCUACUUACUAAAGGAGGAAGAGUUUGACCAUGACAAAGACUUGGACAAUGAAGUAAAAGGUGAAGAAGUAACCUUUGAGGAACUGCACCACAAAAAGCAGUCAAGAAAGAAGGGGAAAAAGAAAAGAAAAUAAACGUUAAAGUGCUGGGAUUUAAUCUUUGAUUUCAGCUGUAUUUUAUUUACAUUGUAAAAACCUUACUCUUGAAGUCUAAAAAUACGCACACACAGAAAUUGUGAAGUGUACCAGCAAAGAUUUUUCUCCCACAGGAAUUUGGAUAGAAGGACAGCUUAUAGUCAUGAGGGGUUGAUUUUAAAAGUGUGUGGAGAAACUGAAUUUUGGAUAUAAUCAGCUCGUCAGCAGUGAAACAGUCCAGAACAGCCCAUUUGCCAGAAAGUCCCAAGUCUCUGCUGGAAAUGUUAAAGCAACUGGAAGGGAGCAUCAUUUGGUAGGAAAGGGAUGCUUGGCUCUUUUUUUCUUGCUGCAUUUGCUGCAUUGUGAGGGAAACAGCCCCUCCAUUUGUUCUUCUCAGAUUACACCCUCUCUCUACUACUUUACAGAUGUUUGACAGAGGUCCAGGUUUGUAGACCUCUGUCUCCAUCAAAUGUGUAGUUCCACCUUUAAAAACCAAUGCAAAAGUAAAUGGGAGGGGAGAUAGACUCAUCCUCUCCUUUAUUUUUCACCUUCUUUACUUUAAAUUCUCCACUUUUUAAGUAAACAAAAAACUACCAGCUGGACUAGAAACACCCACGGCAAGAAGUGGGAUUUUCAAGUUUCAUAAAACUGUAAUAUUUCAAGAUGUUAAAUGAUCGCUUAAGCAAGUAAAAUGCCACUGUGGAUAUGUGACACCCAUGCCUAGUCCUUUCCCCCGAGUCUCUCAGAAACCGAAUGGAGUCAAUGAUUGUGUUUAUUUUUCUAAUUUGUUUUGAUAUUAAUUGUUCUUUACAUAAGUCAAAAUUAUAAUGUUUCUUCAAAGUGUCAUUGUUUAUAUACAUUUUUAAGUGGCAAAUUUUUAUACAUUUCAGAUUCCAAAAAUAGAUUGUGGCAUUGCAUUAUUUUUAAAAUAAAAUAAAACCAAUGUUGAUGUUAUAAA